AUGGCCAGCGAGAUAAGCGGUUACAGUGUUGGAGUUCUUGUUGUCAGUGAUACUGCCAGCAAAGGAGAAAAACAAGAUUUUAGUGGUGAUAAUUUAGUUAACAUUUUGAAAACAAAGAAAUAUUUUCCUGUUCUUUCAGUUGAACAGCACUGUGUAGCGGAUGAAUUUUCCGAAAUAAAAGAAGUCCUUGAAGUAUGGAGUGAUAAGAAAAAUAUUGAUCUAAUAUUGACAGUAGGUGGUACAGGAUUCACACCUAGAGAUAUUACACCUGAAGUAACUAAAGCAGUUAUUGAGAGAGAGGCACCACAUUUGGCAUCUCGAAUGGUUCUAGGAUGCUGUGAAAAAUCAAAAUUUUCAGUUUUAUCAAGAAGUGUAUGUGGAAUGCGAGGCCAGAGUUUGAUAUUGAAUCUUCCUGGUAGUGUUAAAGGAUCUACAGAAUGUUUUGAUAUGAUUGCAUCUGUUCUACCUCAUGCUCUUGAUCAGUUAAAAGGUCGAACAAAACGUGUAGCUUCUCUUCAUACUGAAAUUCAAAAGAACUGA